GAUAUCCAUGAGCAAGAACGUUUUCUAGGGCUCUGUAUGUAUUUAUUGUCAAUAGUGAAUUCCCUGUAGUUGACGCAGGUACACAGUGUAAGCAUAUACACUCCUCUUUGCAUUGAUGCUAUUUCGUUUCGUUUAAGUGCGGCCUGCCAAUUAUCAGUGUCCGUGAAAUGCUCAAAUCUUACAAUUGAGGAGUCAUCUGCAUGUGGAGAAGUCCUUCGCGAUCGCUUUUUAUAGUUAAAAGAAGUAACGAGUACACUCACAGAAGUGAUCGACAGCCGAACAAUGUGUAUGAAUUUACGCUUGGCAAGCCUACUGCUGCUCGGAUUCUUUGCAACUGUCGCAAGAAGUCAGAAAAAUAUCAAAGACAAGCCUUCUUGUCCCCCUACAAAGUGCCUCCAGGUUGCGGAACCGGAAAUCUGCUGCUUCGUAGGUGCACAUAAAUGCGCCUGCCACUGUGUUAAAACUCCAAGACACUGUACAACUGAGUCAACAAAAUACUGUGGGAAGGCAGCCAUACCAGUUUGCGCCAAGGAAUCAGGCAAAACGAUCUGCCAGUGCCUCAAUCGUGGAAAACAGAAACCAGAGCUUCCACCCAAAAAGCCCGAAAGUUCAGGCCAACCAUCAUGUAAACUGACGAAGUGCUAUAAUCCUGCGAUGCCGCAGAACUGCUGCUUGAUGAGUAACGGCCAGUGCUAUUGCAACUGUGUGGCGGCUAAAACGGAAUGCAAGUCCGUGUGGGCCAAGUCUUGUGGCGCCAAAGCCGUGCCGGUUUGCACGGUUCAAACGCAAAGAACCAUAUGCAAAUGCAUUCCAGGCCAACAAUUGCCAGCACUUCCGCCUAGUACUGGUGCCGGAAAACCAGGACAAGGUGGCAAUGAACAGGGUGGUACUCUUCCUUCUUCAUGUCCUUCGACUCAGUGCACUGCGAAGACAAACAAAACCUGUUGCUUGGUGACCGAAAAGGGUUGCAAGUGCGUUUGUGUAAUGGUCGUGACAAGUUGUUCGAUGGCAUGGAAAGAGACGUGUAAAUCACCCAGUGUGACGAAAUGCGACAAGGCAAACGGCGAGCGAAUGUGUCAGUGUGUGAAACAGCCACAAUCACAACAAGGAAAGCAUGUUCAAGGAACGCAAGGUGGACUUCAAGGGACGAACUUGGGUCGUCAGUGUGUUUCCAGUGGCUGCGAGAAGGGGCAAAAGAAAUGCUGCUUGGUGUCUGCUCAUGGCUGCAAUUGUCGAUGCGUAUAUAAUUUAGUGCGGUGCUCAACUGCUUUGCUAGGAUCGUGUGCCGACAAACAGGAGCCUAGAUGCGAAACCAAAGGUACCGAAGAGGUUUGUGCUUGCGCUGAUCUACUGAAGGCUUCACAAAAUAUGAACAAGACCAAUAGCAACUCUGUGCCAACGCCGGCAAGACUGAAGGUGACGUAACUGAAGAAAGUACAAAAGGAACAGAAAUCGGGACGCAUGACGAAGGAAGGUGGCCCACACUUCUUCAGACAUCGCUCAGAUACAAUUUGUCAACCAUUUUAAGAAGCGUUCGUUGAAACAGCUCAGACAAUAAAGUUUUCCCUAAACCUUUA